GUGUGUGUGUGUGUGUUUUGCUUCAAUAGAGGAAGAAUACCAACGGCAGGAAGAAGCUGGUGAACGAUGUGUGCUCGUGUGUUCCUGAAACAUUGGAGAUUCUACACGCUAAACACGCCUCACAGCUGAACAGUGAGCUGCUGUACCGUGAGGAUGGACGCAGGGAUCUGUGUGUCAAUCUGUACUCGCUGAUGCCCGACACGCCAGACACGGAGUUUGCUAGAGAGAUGAGUGAUCUUCAGAGUGAGGUCAGAUAUAAAGAGGAUGGGAGGAAGAAGCUGUCGUGUAGUCUGUACUCUCAGCUGCCCGACACGACUGACACGCAACACGCCAAACGCAUGACGGAUCUGCAGAGCGACAAUAAAUACAAAGAAGCUGGCAGAAAAAACGCUUCCACAUGUCUGUACUCACAACUGCCUGAAACCCUGGAGACUCAACACGCUAAAGAAGCGCACCAGCUGCAGAGCCAGGUGAAGUAUAAGGAGGCCAGUAAGCAGCAGAUGAGCAGAUCUCUGUACCAUCAGCUCUCAGAGACUCCAGAGACUCAACACGCUCGAGACGCCGCUCACAUCCAGAGCGAGCUGAAGUACAGGCAGGGCCGGGCGUCUGUGAUGGGCAGUAGUUUGUUCUCGCUGAUGACAGAGACGCCGCAGAACGAGUUUGUGAAGCAGCAGAUGGAGCUCCGGAGUGAGCUGAAGUAUAAAGCUGACGUGAAGGAAAACUCCAGUAAUCUGUACUCGCUCAUGCCCGAGACGCUGGACACGCAGUACGCCAAACACGCCGCGGAGUUACAGAGUGACGUGAAGUAUAAGGAGGCCAGUAAGCAGCAGAUGAGCAGAUCUCUGUACCAUCAGCUCCCAGAGACUCCAGAGACUCAACACGCUCGAGACGCCGCUCACAUCCAGAGCGAGGUGGCCUAUAAAGGCAUCAGGAAGGGCGAUUUCUCGGGUUCCUCCUUCACUGCGGUUCCAGACUCGGCAGAGAUGAAGUUCAUUCAGCAGAUCUCGCACGUGCUCAGUGAGAAAGAGUACCGUGAGAAGGGCCAGAGGAGCCUCUCAUCCAGCGUUUACUCUCAGCUGCCCGACACUCCAGAGACACAGUUCAUCAAAUCAGUGUCUGACCUGCAGAGCGAGGUGAAGUAUAAGGAGGCCAGUAAGCAGCAGAUGAGCAGAUCUCUGUACCAUCAGCUCCCAGAGACUCCAGAGACUCAACACGCUCGAGACGCCGCUCACAUCCAGAGCGAGGUGAAGUAUAAAGAGAAGGUGAACUCCUCGUCUCUUUACUCGCGUCUGCCAGAGACGCCAGAGACUCGACUGGCCAGAGAGCUGACAGACGUCUGCAGCGAGGUCAGAUAUAAAGAGGAGGGGAAGAGAGACGUGUCGUCCUGUCUGUACUCACAUCUGCCCGAGACGCCGGCGACGCAGUUCGCCAAACAGCAGAGUGAACUCCAGAGCCAGAAUCAGUACCGGAGAGAGACGCAGGAGGAUCUGUCUCACUGUCUGUACUCUCAGCUGCCCGAGACGCUUCACACACAGUUUGUGAAGGAGCUGACGCCGCUCAUCAGUGAGAGCAAAUACAGAGAGUCUGGUAAGAAGGAGAGCAGCACGUCUCUGUAUCACACGCUCCCAGAAACCAGAGACACGCAACACGCCAGAGACGCCACACAGAUCCAGAGCGAGGUCAGAUAUAAAGAAGGGAAGAAGCUGCAGUCGUGCAGUGUUUACUCUCAGCUGCCACAGACGCCGCAGACUCAGCUCGCUGCCAGAGUCUCGGAGCUGCAGAGCAAUAAUAAAUACAGAGAGGACGGCAGGAGGAGCGUCUCCAGCUGCCUGUAUUCUCAGCUGCACGAGACUCCAGAGACACAGUUUGUCCGAACAGUGACCGAACUGCAGAGCGACAGUAAAUAUAAAGAGGCAGGAAGGAAGCAGGCGUCAGGCGCUCUGUAUUCACUGCUGCCGGAGACUCUGGAGACUCAACACGCCAAAGACGCCACGGACCUCCUGAGUCAGACGAAAUACAAGGAGGAGGCGAAGAAAGAGGCUUCUGCCAGUCUGUACGCUCUUCUGCCAGAGACGACUGAGACUCAGCACGCCAAAAACAUCUCUGAACUCCUGAGCAAGAAUAAGUACAAGCGGAGCGGUAAACAGGAGAACAGCAGCAGUAUUUACUCUCAGAUGCCGCAAACACAGGAAACACAGUUUGCCAAACAGAUGGCGGAGCUUCAGAGUGAUAAUCAGUACCGGAGAGAGACGCAGGAGGAUCUGUCUCACUGUCUGUACUCUCAGCUGCCCGAGACGCUGCACACACAGUUUGUGAAGGAGCUGACGCCGCUCAUCAGUGAGAAUAAAUAUAAGGAGGAUGGAAAGAAGGAGCUGCAGAAGUGCCUGUAUGCCCAUCUGCCCGAAACCAGUGAAACACAACACGCCCGAGAGCUGAAACAACUCUACAGUCAGAAGAGCUAUAGAGACUCUCUGGACGCUCAGGUGUGUCUGUACACUCAGAUGCCACAGACCAUUGAGACGGUGUUCGCUAAAGAAGUGUCCAAACAGCAGAGUGACAAACUCUACAAAGAGAAGUUUAACUCAGAGAAAGGCAAAUCAAACUACUCACAGAUGAAGGAUCUGCCUGACGUCACACACGCCAUACAGGUCAACAAACACCAGAGCAAUGUGGCGUAUCGCCGAGGGAAGGAGGAGCUUCAUAAAUUCAGCGAGGUGACGGACAGACCUGACAUCCGGAACGCCACACACGCCAGUAAACUCGCCAGUGACGUGGCCUACAGGAGUAAAGCAGACACGUUUGACCAGCGAGCGCUGCUGGAGCGACCCGACAUACAACACGCCAAAGAGGCCACGCGACUGGCCAGUCAGGUCAACUACAAGCAGAAGUUUGAGAAGAAUCUGAGAGAACAGAAGCCGCAGUACAACCCCAGCGAGUGUGUGAGCUUCAGACAAACACAGGCCGCGUCAGCUCUGGCCAGUCAGGUGAAGUACAGUCAGAAGAAGCUGCAGGCCGUCACUGAUUUACCCAACCUGCUUCAUCUGGGUCACGCGCUCCACGCCAGCAAACUACAGAGCAACGUGGAGUACAGGAAGAAGUAUGAGGAGUCUAAGGGACAGUACCUCCUCGCUCUGGACACGGCUGAACAGCGCCACCAUAAGGAGAACGCUGUGCUGCACAGUCAGUGGAAAUAUAAAGAGGAAUACGAGAAGAACCGGGGGAAGUCGCAGAUGGAGUUUGUGGACACACAGACAUAUAAAGUGUCAAAGGAAGCGCAGAAGAUGCAGAGCGAGAAGGAGUAUCGUAAGGAGUACGAGAGCCAGAUGAGAGGGAAGGUUCUGCUGGAGGUGGAUCUGACGCCGGCGUAUCUGACGGCUCGUAAUGCCAGCAGCCUCGUUAGUGAGAAGGAGUAUCGUAAGGAGUACGAGAGCCAGAUGAGAGGGAAGGUUCUGCUGGAGGUGGAUCUGACGCCGGCGUAUCUGACGGCUCGUAAUGCCAGCAGCCUCGUUAGUGAGAAGGAGUAUCGUAAGGAUCUGGAACAGGAAGUGAAAGGGAAAGGCCUGACGGGUCUGGAGGAAACACCGGAUCUGCUGCGGGUGAAAAAUGCUGGACACAUUUUGAGUGAGAGGGAGUAUCGUAAGGAUCUGGAGCGUGAGAUCAGAGGGAAGGGAACGGACGUCACGGCAGACAGUCUGGACAUCCAGAGAGCGAAGAAAGCGUCUGAGAUCAGCAGCGACGUGUCGUACAGACAGGCGUCUCAGCACAGAGAAUCAUCAUACGGUACAGUGACAGACACACCUGCGCUGCUGCACGCCGCUUACCUGAGAGACGUCUACAGUCAGAAGAAGUACCGCGGUGACAUGGAGCGUCUGAAGAGCUCGUGUUCUGCUGCUUCAGACACACCAGAGAUCCAGAGAGUGAAGAACAACCAGCGCAACAUCAGCGCACUCUUCUACACGUGGGACUCGCGGCUGAUGAAGGGUCUGAGGUCAGCGAUCACUGACACUCCAGAGAUCAAUCUGGCUCGAGAAAACACCAAGAACGUCAGUGACGUUCAGUACAGGGAGUCUGUCGGAUCCGGAACGGCCGUGACUGACACUCCUGAGAUGGAGCGCGUGCGCAGGAACCAGCGCAACAUCAGCGACGCCAAAUAUAAGAAAGCGGUUGAUCCGGUCAGUGUGGGAGUGACACCAGAGCUGGAGCGGGUCAAACAGAACCAGCAGAACAUCAGCACGGUGCAGUACCAGCGCAGUUUGCAGGAGGUCAAAGGUCGCUCCUGCUCAGAGUUGGAUACGCCUGAAAUGAGGCGUGUGCGGAAAUCUCAGGACACUGUUUCCAUGGUAGCAGGACUGCGGCAACGCCUGCGUGUGACAUCACAGCAUUAACACGUGACUGACACACCACACGGGUGACGAACGAUAACACGCGUGUACUAGUAAAGACUCACGAGUUCAUCAGAGACCAAACCGCACCGUAACACACACCUGCAGUGUGUUUGCAUGAGUGUGUGUGUGUGUGUGUGUGUGUGUAUGCAUGAGUGUGUGUGUGUGUGUG